AUAGACUCAAUAGUGUAUUACCUUAUGUAUAGAACCUCAACAUAAUGAAAUUAUCGACGAUAGAAAUGGGUUGGUUGUGAGCUCUUAUGAUUACGUAAUCAUCUCUGGCUACCCUAUCUCGGCACAUUUUUUCGAUAGAGCGGUAUCAUCCGUUUUCAGUUGGCCAAUAAUUUUUCUUCAACAUCAUUAUCAGGACUAUCUGUCUUUUAUAUUCGGAAAGCGGCUAUCUACUGAAUUGCAGCCGACUUGUUUUUCAUUUACUCGACGUAGGCGAAGAAAAAUCAGGUAUAAUGCCUCCGAAGAAAUCCAAGUCGAAGAAAAAUGCCAUAGCUUCGAGCUCUGUGGUUCAUCGCCAAGUCAAACACAAAACGACGGCCCUCGAUUACGAUUACGACACACAGGUCGAAUCUGUUACAAGUGAAGCAGAUCAGAAACCAGCGCCACCAAUUUCAGCGCCACCAAAGAAUAUUGAAGAGGUGGGAGAUAUAAAAAGCGGUAUCGUUUCAUACUACAUGGCAUUGGUAGACGUCAGCAUUAACACUAGACACGUUUUUCAAAUAUUCAUGCUAUUCUUCUUGACUAACCUUAUCUAUUUACAUUUUAAGACCCAAGAGGAUGACGGAUCAACUGACGCGAUGGAGAAAAUGAUUACUGCUUCUUGUAUUGUACUUGCUGCACUGCUCGAAUGCUGUGCCGUUCUUAACUCGAGAUUUCGUCAAUUCGAAAGUGGGAAAACCAAGGUCAAACCAUUAUUAUUAGAUUUCAAUUAUGUUUACUCUGUUUUUUUUCCACUUGCUGUAUGCUUGACUAAGGCAUCCGAUAAGCUUGUGUUGGUCUCCUGUUGUGUUGUUCAAAUAGCAUACAUGAAUGUGUUUGUCCGUUGUUUGAUCUCAUAUGUCAUUUUAUUUCAAUUUGGCGAUGGUGAUAGUUUCAACGGCAAAAGUUUAAUAUUACCAUUAGCAUCCUGUUUUUUCUAUGAAGCGAUCCAUAAAUUCGUUGGUUCUGAGAUUGAAUUCUCUGAGAAAUCCUUCCUCUCUGUCAUUUUAGCCAUGGGUUCCUUCCUCAUCAGCUACAACGAUAGUAACCUAACGCUAUUCAUUAUGAGAAACUUAUAUCUAUCGUUCAUUAUUGGCAUAAUUUUGGCUUCUCCUAUUUUAGACCUUUACAAAUCACAGACUGAAAGAACCCUUAAGUACACAUGGUUAUUGGGUAUUUACAUACUGUUUUUCUCAGCAGGUCUCAUUAUCAGUGAUAAGCUAUUGCUGCCUAGUCUAGGUAAAUUCCAUUUAAAUUGGCUCAUCGAAUUUGUUAGUGCCUCAGAACAACGUAGUCGCAUUUUCAAGCAAUGGCUUAUUGCCUCGUCCAUUUUGGUCCCCGGUAUUUUUGUCAUUUUCAGUAAGGUGAACGUGAGCAUGAGUUUGAAACGGAAAAUCUGGCACUUCGUUCUACUUAUGCUCUUGGCUAAACCUAUGAUUGUUGAGCCAGAAUUAGUUUCAAUUGCUCUCUUCGGUAUCCUUGGUAUUUUAAUAAUUCUUGAAAUUGUCAGAGCCAACGAUUUGCCUCCGUUCGGUGGCACCCUCAGGAGGCUAUUUUCCACUUUCCAAGAUACUAAGGACAAUGAGGGGCAAUUCGUCCUAAGCUACAUCUACCUGGUACUGGGUGCUUCCUUACCGCUCUGGGUCAACAACGUCGAUAGCUUACAAGAGAGUACAUACAUGGGGCUGCUUACACUGGGGCUCGGGGACUCUAUUGCGUCUAUUGUUGGAAGCAGAUUUGGACGUCACACCUGGCCUGAAACCAACAAGACCAUUGAAGGAAGUGUUGCCAUGGUCGUGGGUAUGAUGGGAGGCUACGCCCUGCUUGAUUUCCUCUUCCAAGCGUGCUCUGUGCAAGACAAAAUAGUGGUCUUAUCGUGGACCAAUCGUUUCAUGUGUGCAGUGUUGUGCGCGUUAUUCGAGGGUAUCGUUGACGUGAACGACAAUCUUUUUUUACCAGUUUUUGGCUAUCUUGUUGAAGAGUUGUUGAUGUUUUUCAACUGAGCUUUGCGCCGGGGUGAACGUG